CGCCGUUUCUCUCCGUAUUGUUGUUUUCCUCCUUUUUCGACAACCACGGGCCACGGCUUUACCUGCCCUUUUCUCCCAUUCUUCUCCAUCAUUCCCUCCUCCUCCUCCUUUUACUUCUGCUACUUUUUAUUUUUUUUUUCUAAAGCUCGAUCAAUUGAUCGAUCUAUUGAAUUAAGGGCGCAUCCGAAGGAGGUUUGAGAGGUAAGAUGGCGGUCAACGGCGAAGGUGAGGGUCCGGAGGCGCGACCUCCGCCACCGUCUAUGCCUCAGCCGACUCGCACAGGCGACUUCUUGGGGAAGCACCGGUUGUCGGCGGCCAUCGCCCGGCUCAAUCAAGAGAUCCAGUUCCUUGAGAAGGAGCUAAAUGAACUUGAGACAAUGGAGACUUCUGCUGAAGCAUGCAAGGAAGUUUUCUUGAGCACAGAAGGCAAAUCUGAUGCUCUUCUUCCUGUUACUCCAGGCCCCGAGAAUCCUACAUGGCACCGAUGGUUCCAAAGAGUUCGUAGUUCCCAUAGUCGUAAAUGGUGGACGAGCAAAGGUUCUUCUGAUAUCUCUUAGUACAGGUGUUAUCCUUGCUGAUGACUUGAUGAGCAAAACAUAUUGGCGUUAUAAUUUGAAGUGUUUCCAAAGGGUAAUUAGUUUCUUGUUGAUUAAUCAUUUUACCACCUUCAAGCAGGAGCUGCAAUUGAGAUAUUGUGCAUGUUGUUUGAAAAAAAAAGCUAAUUAUUGUUAAUACCAAGUCAUUUUUGUUAUGACAAUGUCAUUUCGUA